AUGGCUCAAGCUACGAGGGCGGCUCAACUUGAAGCGACGGUUGAACAACUGGAACGUCUUUUGGUGAUGGAUGUUGUAGAGCCCCCUAGUGUGUAUGCUAUGGUGGCUGAUUUGGCCCAGAGGGUCGAGAAAAUUGAAAGAUGGGUGGAAGCAAUUGCUGCCCAGUCGGUUGAAGGGUUGCGGGGGGAGCUGAACGUCGUGCAACGGGGUCAUGAUGAGAGGGCAUCAAGGCUGGAGUUUGAAGAAAACUCAAGUGCAAUUGGAGCACUGCAAAUGGAUGUCGCGUUGUUGAAAUGGGCAGUGUCCAGAGCUAUGGACUUGGGCCAGGAAGUGAAGGUACCGGAGCAGGAUAAGUUCACGGUGAUGGGAACAACGUGUUACGGGUUAAAUGCAACGGACUUGGGUGGAGGAUGCCCGAGUGUGUCUGAGGAAAUUGCAAUGGGUGCUUUGAGGGCAUCAGCUCUUGGAGCAGGAACGGUGGGUUGUGAAAUCCCAUGGGGCUGCUUACAAGGAUGCAGCCGGGUUGUAGGUUUUGCUACGAAUUGCCGGGUGUCAAGGCAGGUUGUCCCGAGAAAAGCUAGCAGGUGCCCAGGAAUGCCGGUAGCUGGGUGCUUGGACCGAGAAAAGCAAGCAUGUGGCCGAGAAAAGCUAGCUGGUGAGCGAGUUUUGGUGCAACGGUCUGGGAAAGUUGUUUGGCACGAGUUAGUGUUGUUUGCUGGGGAACGGCUUGCUGGCACACGGUGGGCUGGAAUCCCACGAGGCUACAUGGUGGAUUGUAGCCGGGUUGCUGAUUUUGUGCAACGGGUGCGUGGAAGCAUCGGGCAGCUUGUCCCGAGAAAAGCUAGCAGGUGCCGAGGAAUGCCGGUAGCUGGGUGCUUGGACCGAGAAAAGCAAGCAUGUGGCCGAGAAAAGCUAGCUGGUGAGCGAGUUUUGGUGCAACGGUCCGGGAAAGUUGUUUGGCACGAGUUAGUGUUGUUUGUAUGGAAAAGAGACCGAAGCGAGCAGGCUGUGUAA